CAGUCUGGUCAAACCUUGAAAAAAUAAACGAACACAAAAAAAUCAAUCGAUCUCUAAAGAAUUGAAGAUGUUUUAACUCUAUGAUUUAAUAAUUUAGAAAAGCCCUAAAGCUUCUAUCAAUUUUCAUUUUUCCGUUUGCUUCUCGAGAAAAGAAGUUGAAAAACCUAAUUUUUUUGAAGGAUUAGUAAGAGAAAUGUCUUUCGAUCUUCAGUUACAGCCGUCGUGUAGUGGCUGUGGCAGCACCACAGAUUUGUACGGAAGCAAUUGCAAGCAUAUGACGUUGUGCUUGACUUGUGGCAAAGCAAUGGCGGAGAAUCGCGGCAAAUGCUUUGAUUGUGGCGCUAUUGUUACUCGCCUGAUUCGAGAGUAUAAUGUGAGGGCGAGUACGAGUAGCGAAAAGAAUUAUUUUAUAGGAAGAUUUGUGACUGGAUUGCCAGGUUUUUCGAAGAAAAAAAAUGCCGAGAAUAAAUGGUCUUUGCUGAAAGAAGGAAUUCAUGGUCGCCAAAUUACUGAUACUUUGCGGGAGAAGUUUAAGAAUAAGCCAUGGCUUUUGGAGGAUGAAACUGGGCAGUUUCAGUAUCAGGGUCAUCUUGAAGGGUCGCAAUCGGCGACUUAUUAUCUGUUGAUGAUGUCUGGGAAAGAGUUUGUUGCUAUUCCUGCUGGUUCUUGGUACAACUUUAACAAGGUUGCGCACUAUAAGCAACUUACCUUGGAGGAAGCGGAAGAGAAGAUGAAGAAUAGGAGGAAGACUGCAGAUGGAUAUGAAAGGUGGAUGAUGAAAGCUGCACAUAAUGGAGCUGCUGCAUUUGGUGAGGUGGAGAAGCCAGAUGAUAAGGAUGGUGUUUCAGCUGGUGGAAAGGGAGGUCGGAAAAAAGCAAACGGUGAUGAUGAUGAGGGCAAUGUGUCUGACAAGGGAGAGGAGGACGAGGAGGAAGAGGCGGGAAGGAAGAGUAGGCUUGGACUCAAUAAAGGGGGUGGUGAUGAUGAUGAAGAAGGUCCAAGAGGAGGUGAUCUUGAUAUGGAUGAUGAUGAUAUUGAGAAGGGCGAUGAUUGGGAGCACGAAGAAAUUUUCACUGAUGAUGAUGAAGCUGUUGCCAUUGAUCCUGAGGAACGGGAAGAUUUAGCCCCUGAAGUUCCUGCUCCUCCUGAAAUCAAGCAGGAUGAAGAGGACGAGGAUGAGGAGAAUGAGGAAGGAGGACUGAGCAAAUCUGGGAAAGAGUUGAAGAAGCUACUUGGGAAAGCAAAUGGUCUGAAUGAGUCAGAUGCAGAAGAUGACGAUGACGACGACGAUAUGGAUGAUGAUAGUUCUCCUGUACUGGCUCCAAAGCAGAAGGAUGCUGUGCCAAAGGAGGAACCUGCUGACAAUAGUCCUGCAAAACCAACACCACCUGGUUCUGCUAAGGGAACCCCUUCUACCUCCAAGUCAGCUAAGGGGAAAAGAAAACUGAAUGCUGAUGAUGCAAAAACUUCUAAUGGUGCACCUGUGAAGAAGGUGAAGACAGAAAAUGAAGUAAAACCUACCGUGAAAGAAGAAAGCUCUCCUGCUACUAAAGGUACUGCAACUCCUAAAGCAAUGCCAUCAUCGUCAAAAACCGGGCCAACAUCUGGGGCAACUGGCCCUGUCACUGAGGAAGAGAUUAGGGCUGUUUUGUUGCAAAAUGGACCCGUAACUACACAGGAUCUGGUGGCUAGGUUUAAAUCACGACUAAGGACUCCUGAGGACAAGAAGGCUUUUGCGGAUAUUCUAAGGAGAAUUUCUAAGAUUCAGAAGACCAGUGGAUCUAACUUUGUUGUGUUGAGGGACAAACGAUAACUUUUUCUGUGUUCUGAGAUUCCCGCGCAGAAUUUCCCACGGCGCCGCUUAUUUAUCCUUUUACUCUUGUUGAAAGAAAAGAAAAGAAAAGAAAAAUUCACAUUACAGUGUUCUAUUACGUUUGUGCUUAUGCGAGCUCGUCCAUGUAACUUGUGUUCUGACCAUUAUCCGUAUAAUUUUGUUAUAGCAAUUCGAUGAUGAAAAAAUAUACUUGUAAAAUUUCCUCUGUAGUAAAAUAUAUUUGAAAAUUUUUCUGUAUGGUGAGUGUGUUGCUGUUUUGAGGAU